AACGGACCGACACGCGAACCGGCUGGUAGGCUUCAACCGCCGACAAAAGUUUAAACAAUUUCGUACGCUCUCGCUCGAAACGCCGCAUCGUCAAUACGCCGACUUUGCCGGUGCGCACAGUACAAUAGAUAGGCGCGCUUGUAUUAUCGCCGACCCGAUAUUCGUCCCGAUCGUUUCAACCGGUUGACGCAGCCCGCAGCAAUGGGGCUCGUGUACGACGUGAUUUUCAACCGGGGCGACGUUUCCGAGAGUCACGGCGCCGCGGACGACCACGCCGCGCAGCCCGAAUGGGUGUUGGACCACCGGGACGGCGGUACGCUCGUCUGGCGGCGGUACGACCGCGACGUGCGGCCGGCCCGCCGGAGACGCGUCGAGUUCCUGGACGCCGUCCAGGUGCACGUUUUCGAACGGGACGACUACGGCGGCGGCGGCGGCGGCGGCCGUUUCGACAACGACUACGACGACUACGACGACUACGACGGCUACGGCGACUGCGACGGCGACGGCGGCAAAGACGCCGACUACUCCAAGGCGCUGUUCUACCGGGACGACCGGCACGACGGCCCGGUGCUGAUCGUCGUGUCCGUUACCGUGCUGGGACUGUGCGUCGGUCUCGCUUUCCUGUUCGCGCCCGUCAGAUGGCUGUUCCACCAGCUGCUCGUCGGCUGAUACCCCGACGUUAUCGUUGUUAAUAUUAUCGUAUGCAGGGCAAUACUCAAAACGCGCGAAACGUAUCGUUUCAUAUUAUUAUAGGAUUUUUUUUUUUUUUUUUUAUUUUAUUUUAUAGAAUUUUUAAACAUUAUGUUUCUUUUUUUUUUCGUUACUCCUAUUUUUAGUGUUAUUUAUUUUUAAUAUUUUAUUAUUGUCGUAACAUCAUACGGAUAGGAUUUUUACGUUUUUUUCCGUUCGCAUUCGUCCGUUUUCGACGGGAAAGCGGAACGGAUUACGACCAUACGCCUCUCCCUCCCCCCCGACCGUGGAUUUUUACAAUGGUUUCUAGACUUCGUUUGCCACCGCAGUUGCAGUUUUGGCUGUGAUCCGAUCUAUCCGGCGGGCCCGGCGUUUUUAAAAUCGUUUUCGCCGUCAUUUUCCGUCCGAGUCCGUCAUGUGUUUACGCGUGAUUUUUACCUAUGUAUUGAUGAUAACCGCCGCGGACGAACCGAACGGAAUAUUCUUCGGUGCCCCGUGGGGAAGGAAAGAGUCGAAGGAAAUCCCGCGCCGUCGUCUCGCACGGUUAUUGGAAGAAAAAAAAAAAACAAAAAUCGACUCGGACCCGCGGGGACCGAAGAACAUUUAUUCGCGUCCGCGACGCCCGAUAUAAUUAUAUUGUAUAUUGUUACAUUAUAUGUUAUAUUGUAUAAGACUGAUGAAUAUGCAAAUAAAAAUACAAAGAAGGCCCGUUGCGUAUACACUGUUGUAUUCGUACGGGCCCUUCUUAACGUGUUGUACUAAAUAAUCGAAACUAGUUUUGUUGUUUAUUUUUU